GCCACGCCCUCCACGGUCACGUGAUCCGUUGAGCGUGUCUCGCCUAGCUAGCUAUUAAACAUGGCCGCAGACAAGCAAGCCGCAGCCAAACUUUCACUUUUUGGUGAAAAUAAAGAAAAUUCGUCGAAUGGAGGACUCGGUCUUGAAGUCUUGCAUAUCAUUAAGGAGUCCCAGCAGCUGCAUGGUCUCAGACAUGGAGACUACCAAAGAUACAGGGGCUACUGCUCCCGCAGACUGCGCCGUUUACGUAAAACCCUGGGCUUCAAGAUGGGAAACCGACACAAGUUUGUUGGGAAAAAAAUAAAUGUUGAAAUGCUCUCAGACAGCAGGUACCUGCUGCUGGUUUUGAUGGAGGCGGAGCGUGCGUGGAGCUACGCCAUGCAGUUGAAGCAAGAGGCCAACACGGAGCCACGCAAGCGCUUCCACCUGCUGGCUCGUCUACGCAAAGCUGCCAAGCACAGCGAGAAGCUGGAGAAGCUGUGUGAGAGCCCCAAUGUUGACGCAAAGACUAAAUUGGAAGCGCAGGCCUACACAGCGUACCUGUCCGGUAUGGUAGAGUUUGAACUGCAGGAGUGGAAACGCGCCAUGGAGGCUUUCAACAAGUGCAAGACCAUCUACGAGAAGCUGGCCAGUGCAUUCACUGAGGAGCUUGCAGCGUUGUAUCGCCAGCGUGUAGAUGAAAUAUCACCCAACAUCCGUUACUGUGCUUACAACAUCGGUGACCAGAAUGCCAUCAAUGACUUGAUGCAGAUGAGACUGACUGGAGGCGGUGGCGGCAUGAUGGCUGAAAAACUAGAGUCCCUGAUAACUCAGGCCAGAACCAAGCAGGCGGCCAGCAUGAGUGAGGUGGAGUGGCGAGGACGAAGCGUGCCUGUCAAGAUUGACAAAGCCCGAAUCUUCCUUUUGGGUCUGGCAGACAAUGAGGCUGCCAUCGCUCAGGCAGCGAAUGAGGACACCAAAGAGCAUCUGUAUGAGACGCUGCUGGCCGAGUGCAGGGACACCAUCCAAGCUGUGCGAGAGGAGCUCAAGACUGAAGCGAAGCAGCGAGAGAGAAGCUCUGAUGCUGACAAUGGCAAAGUGUCCAACAUGCAGUUCCUGCACAGCUACCUGACCUUCAUCAAGCUGUGCACGCUGGUGAAGAGGAACGAGAGCAUGGCGCACACACUGCAGGCCAAGCUAAAGGAACCUGAGGCGGACGAGAACAAGAGAGGCCCCCGCCCACAGGACCUCAUCCGACUGUAUGACAUCAUCCUGCAGAGUCUGGCUGAACUCUCGACCCUGCAGGGUCUAGAGGACGACCACACCUUUCAGAAGGAGGUGUCCCUCAAGACUCUGGCCUAUAAGGCCUACAGAUGUUUCUAUAUAGCCCAGUCUUACGUUUUGGUGAAGAAGUGGAGUGAGGCUCUCGUCCUCUACGAGAGAGUGCUGAAGUACGCCAAGGAGGUUCAGUCUAAGGCCAAGAGCAUGAACAACAUCUCCAAGGAUCUUCCUGAUGUUCAAGAGCUCAUCGCUAAAGUCAGUGCAGAGAAAUACUCUCUUCAAGCAGCCGCUAUUUUAGACACUGAGGACACGGUAGACCUUCCCUCUACACAGCAAGUGAAGGACAACACGCCUCUCUGCGACCGCUUGGAAACCUUCCGCCUGGACCCUUCCCUGGUCGGGAAGCAUCCCAACCUGGUGCAUUUCCCGCCCGACUUCCAGCCCAUCCCCUGCAAGCCUUUGUUCUUCGACCUGGCGCUCAACCACGUGGCCUUCCCGCCGCUGGACGACAAGGUGGAGCAGAAGGUCAAGGGCGGCCUGACGGGCUACAUCAAGGGCAUCUUUGGCUUCGGCAGCUAAGGAGAGUUCCAUAAUUACUGGAUACAAUUGUCUGCUUCUUUCCAAGCGUUAUUUGCAGUGCCUCCGUGCGACAUGGACGGAAGAUUUUUUGUUUGAGGAAAGAAAUUUAGGCUUAACGGAGUCUACCUGCCAUCUUUUAUCAGCCUCUUCUUUUUUAACUCCAAGUCCUGUUUGUCAUUUUAGAUAAAGAGCUGUGGAACGCCUAAUUUGUUUUUUCUGUUGUUGCUUUGAAUGAAACCGCUCUAGGCGUCCUUAAGAAGUCACGUCGCUUUUUGUCCUCAUUGUGCAAAUACAAUGAGUGUAGGCUGUUCACUUUUUAUUUCUUGUGCUUGUUAAAGCACACACAGCAUUUUUUCAAUGGAGGGAGUGACCCAAUAAUAUGUAUUAUGUUGAAAUGAAAAAGUCCCAUAGUCAUCAGAAAGACUUUUUGGUGAAGUUUCAACGUGGCCACCUGGCUCCCUUUUUAUUUGGCUUUUGCGUCUGCUCCCUCAGGAAAAGCUGGUUUUAGGUCUAAUUAUUCAACACACACCCUUUGUUGUGAAGAAUGAAGACAGGCUUGUAGGAGUUACCACAUGACCAAAUAAGGCAUUGAUAAAGAUGUAAUCAUUGGGGAAAAAAAGAUCAUUUUGACGUAAUUAAACUGUAUUUGCACCAUGA